CGCCGUGAACGAUUCGAAGGACAUGCAAGCAUCGCUGAGCUGAUUGUUUGUCGUUCGUUCUACCUCUUACAAAGCCCUAUCCCUCGUUUGAAACGUGCGGAAGACACUGUGUGUCUACCUUACAUUCGUUUAUCACAAAAGCCCACAUUCGUUCGUUUCUUAGACCUUCCUUCAGUCUCUUUAGCUGCCUUUGUUUGCAACAAUGUCUGUCCUUACGUGCUGGGCUUUCGCAACGAUCUUGGCCUUCCAGGCCGCGACGGCACCACUUACGCGCCGCGAUCUGUCUUGUCCUGCGUCCAAUGGCACGACAUAUACCUCGGGAAGCAACACCUGGACGAUCGAAUGCGGGAUUGACAGGUAUCUCGGCGAUAUGCCAGCACCGAACGGUCUUCAUGCGGAGACGCUAGAAGCUUGCAUCGAUCAAUGCACUGGACGCGAAGGCUGUAUUCUUGUCGACUACGUUCCGUCGGCCAAAGCAUGCUACGUGAAAAGCUCAGUCGGUUACACUAUCGCGAAAGACACCGUAGUUGGCGCACUACUCGUGACACCGUCGACGGGCAGCAACCUCGUGGCUUCCGCUCCUUCUCCCUCUUCCACCUAUUCUGCGAGCACUAGCUCUGGCUUGAUCGGCGCAAGCUCUGGCAAGCGAGGUCUUUGCUACAACAACGCUGCUCUCACCAAGCUCUUCGGAGGCUCUGGAUCGAAAAUCACCUGGGCGUAUGAUUGGGCUCAGACAGCCGGACCAGAUCUCAACAGCGGUCUAGUCUACAUUCCAAUGCUUUGGAACAAUGCCGCUGACCGCGUCGCGUCUUGGAUGGCCAACGCGAACGCGGCCAUCGCCGCAGGCGCAGACGCUCUUCUAGGCCCGAACGAGCCCGACCUGGGCUCCCAAGCUAACAUGGCCGUUAGCGCCGUCGUCAGUCUCUGGAAAUCCUCCAUGCAGCCCUUCGCCGGCAAAGUCAAGCUCGGCGCUCCCGCCGUCACAAACGGCGGCGCGCCCAUGGGUCUCACCUACCUCAAAAACUUCAUCGCCGCUUGCGACGGCUGCACGAUCGACUUCUGCCCCAUCCACUGGUACGACUCGGCCACCAACAUCGCCUACUUCAAGAACUACGUCGCGGACGCGUACGCCGCGUGCGGGAACAGGCCGAUCUGGAUCACGGAGUUCGGCGCCAGCGGCAGCGAGAGCGAGGUCGCCACCUUCCUGAACACUGUUCUGCCGUGGCUCGACAGCAACAGCCAAGUCGAGAGAUAUGCGUACUUCAUGGCCGCGGCGAGCACGGACGGAACCUACUUGGUCAACGCGGCGGGAACUGGCCUGAGCAGCAUAGGGCAGAUCUACAAUUCAGCAUAACAAGCCCGAUCAAUGAUGUGCAUGCUCUGACGAACGCGUGUAAAAACUUCGAUUCUUUGUAUAUAAUUAGCAUAACGCGUAGUGGAUCUAAAUCUACCGACGUGAAGAAAAUCGUUAGAUGGAAGCCAAAACGAUCCCUGCCAGCUCAAUGUGAUCUACGUAUCUAGGCGAAGUGUAACAUCUAUCCCGGUGCAGCAGGCCGCCUGGUGCAACGGGCCAGAUCCCUGGCUACUUUGUCUUGUAAGCUGUGAUACAGGCGC